CUUUGCUCUUUGUUGCGGCACCCCGUGCCAGUCAGAGUGCUCCGCCCGCCGGUCCACAGAGAUAGCGUGCCACCGUAGGGUGCUCCGCCCGCCAGAGCUCGCGCGCGCGCGCAGGCGCAGAGGAACCAGGCAGGAAUGGAGGGGGUGCUGCCACCGCCGCCGCCGCGGGUCACGCUCGCGGAGCAGCUCGCCGCGUCCUCCAACCUGCGCGACCUCCUCAAGCUCCGCCACGACGACGACGUCGCCGUCGGUGGUGACGGCGCGCGGCUGCAGGCGGCGGGGAGGCGCCGCACGCUCCUCGACGUCAUCCGCGGCGCUGACGACGACGACGACAACCCCGCCACUCGACCGGCUCCCCCCAGCGCCACUCCCGCGACGACGGCAGCGCCGCCUCCCGUGGCGCGGCCAGGAGCGGCGUCACCCGGGCAGGGCGAGGAGAGGCGCGUGUCGCUGAUGGCGCUGCUGGAGCAGGCGGAGCAGCAGUGGGCGACGGCCACGGCGAGCGGCCGCGGGGCGUGGACGCGCGUGGAGCAGGACGCGGCGGCGGAAGACGAGGAGGACACGAGGCGGGGCAGCGUGGGCGGGCGGUGCUGCGUGUGCAUGUCCCGCCGCAAGGGCGCCGCCUUCGUGCCCUGCGGCCACACCUUCUGCCGCGCCUGCGCGCGCGAGGUCCGCGCCGCCCGCGGACGGUGCCCGCUCUGCAACGCCGCCAUCCGCGACGUCCUCAACCUCUUCUGACGCACGCCGACUCGCCGGCGUGACUCCAUUCCAUAUUUCCAUUCCAUACUCCAUUCCAGCAAAUAGCAGCAUUCUGUGCAGAUAAAUUCAGGUGCUUCUUCUUCUUCA